UUUUUAUAUUAUGCUUUAAUGAUGGAAGAGAGUCUUUAAUAAUAAAAUAUUAAACAUCUUGUAAGAAUAAGGCACAUUGUUGGAGUUCAAGUUGGCAAAGUAUGUCCUAAAAUACUAGGACAUGAUAUUUUAUGUUAUAUUUAGGGCAUCAACUAAGACACUCUUGGACUUGCUCUAAUGUUACAGUACUACACAACUUUUAACCUGUCCAAGCACAACUCAUUUCCUUUAUUAAAAAAACAAAAUCUCAUUAAUUUUUAACUAUCCUAGUUUAACUCAGCUCGCUGCUGUAAUAAUAUCCCUUCUCUCUCUAGUAGAAUCACACAGAUUGCUGCUCUCUCUUCAGUCUCGCUGAAAACUAGGGUCUGAAUUCUCUAUGAUAUCAACAGUAUACACACACAUUGUGCCCAAAAAUGAAGAUGAGUUCUAGUCACUUUCUCUCUCCUCUAAUAACUCUCUCUCUGCUCAUUUUCACAUCACAAUCACUCGCCGCCGAUGAGAACGAGCUCCGAUCACUCCUGGAGUUCAAGAAAGGCGUAAGGCUGGAUCCUCUGGGCAAAAUGACCAACUCAUGGAAGUCCAAUUCAGAUCCAAACGCCACGGUCUGUGUUUCGUUCUUUGGGAUAUAUUGUGAAGCUGAUGAUAAUUCUGUCACCGCCGUGGUACUGGACCGCCUGGGCUUAGUCGGAGAGUUGAAGUUUUCGACAUUGAGUGGCUUGAAAAGUUUGAGGAAUUUGAGUUUGUCAGGUAAUUCACUUUCUGGAAGACUUGUACCUGCAUUAGGUUUGAUGACUAGUUUGCAGCAUUUGGAUCUGUCUCAUAAUUCUUUUUACGGCCCGAUUCCCGCCAGGAUUCAUGAGCUGUGGGAUUUGCGGUAUUUGAAUUUGUCCACAAAUGACUUUGUUGGGGGUUUUCCCAGUGGAAUUGACAAGUUGCAGCAGUUGAAAGUGCUUGAUUUGCACUCCAAUGGCCUUUGGGGUGAUGUCAGUGUGUUGUUUUCCGAGUUUAGGAAUGUAGAGCAUGUCGAUUUGAGUUUUAAUCAGUUUUUCGGGUCUGUUUUGGUGGAUGUGGUAAAUAUCUCGGGCUUGGCUAAUACUGUGCAGUAUGUGAAUUUGAGUCAUAAUAAUUUGAGUGGUGGGUUUUUUAGUGCUGAUGCUGUUGUUUUGUUUCGGAAUUUGAGAGUUUUGGAUUUGGGUGAUAAUCAGUUGACUGGACAAUUACCUUCGUUUGGGUCAUUGCCUAAUCUUCAUGUUCUGAGGCUUGGGAAUAAUCAGUUGUACGGGUCAAUUCCAGAUGAGUUGUUGGAAAACACAAUUCCUGUGGAGGAAUUGGAUCUCAGUCACAAUGGAUUUUCAGGUUCAAUUCCCAAAAUCAACUCUACUUCUCUGAGGACAUUAAAUCUGUCGUUGAAUGUGCUUUCUGGUUUUUUGCCACCUUCAGUUGGGAGUUGUCAAUUUGUUGAUUUAAGCAGAAAUAGUCUAUCUGAUGAUAUAUCUGUUGUGCAAAACUGGGAAGAGACUCUAGAAGUUCUUGACUUGAGUUCAAACAAGUUGGGUGGAAGCAUUCCUAACUUAACAUCUCAAUUGCAAAGGUUGUUUAUUCUAAAUCUAAGAAAUAAUUCCCUUGUUGGUAGCCUACCUUCUGCGCUGGGAACUUAUCCUAGGCUAUCUGCAAUUGACCUGAGUGGUAACGAGCUUGAUGGGUCUAUUCCGCGGAGUUUCUUUACUUCAAUGACUUUGGUCAACUUGAAUCUGUCGGGAAAUCAUCUUACAGGACCAAUUCCUCUACAAGGAUCUCAUACAAGUGAAUUAUUGGUUUUACCUUCUUAUCCGCUGAUUGAGUCACUUGAUCUCUCAAAUAACACAUUGUCUGGACCCUUGCAAGCAGAAAUAGGGAACUUGGGAAGGCUCAAAUUGCUGAAUCUUGCAAAGAAUAAAUUAUCCGGACAUCUACCCAACGAAUUAAAAAAACUUGUUGGUCUAGAGUAUCUUGAUCUAUCCAACAAUAAGUUUAAUGGUCAAAUCCCGGAUAAGCUUCCUUUGACUUUGAAGGGCUUUAACGUGUCCUACAAUGAUUUGUCAGGAAAUGUUCCUGUAAACCUAACAAAUUUCCCAGAUAGUUCAUUUCAUCCUGGAAAUUCCCUGCUAAUUGUCCCCAAGGGUGGUCAUUCCUUUGGAGGGGAUCCUGCACCGACAGAGAGUAGAGGAAAGAAUCACAGAUCAAAGUCUAAUAUCAGAAUAGCUAUUAUUGUUGCUUCAGUUGUAGCUGCUGUAAUGAUAGCCUUCAUUCUAUUGGCUUAUUAUCGAGUACAACUUCAAGACUUCCGUGUAAGAAGUGGGUUUAGUGCUCAACCUGCUAGCAGAGAUGGCAAAGUUGGAAGAUUUAGCCGCCCUUCACUUUUCAAAUUUCAUUCAAAUGCUGAGCCGCCUCCAACAUCUUUAAGCUUUUCAAAUGAUCACUUGCUAACAUCAAACUCAAGGUCAUUAUCAGGGCAGAAAGAGUUUGUUACCGAGAUUGUUGAGCAUGUUGUUCCCGCAGGAAGUGCUGUUACUUCAGGGUCCACUAAUCUUAACUUGCUUGAUAGUUAUCCUGCAACAUCAGCAAGAAAGUCCUCUUCGGGUUCAUCCAUAGCUUCAUCACCCAGAUUUGUUGAGGCAACUGAACAACCUAUAACACUAGAUGUAUAUUCACCGGACCGUUUGGCUGGAGAACUUUUUUUCCUUGAUAGUUCAUUGGCAUUUACAGCUGAGGAAUUAUCUCGAGCACCUGCAGAAGUUCUUGGUAGAAGUAGUCAUGGCACAUUGUACAAGGCUACCUUAGGUAGUGGGCCUAUAUUAACUGUGAAGUGGCUGCGAGUGGGAUUGGUCAGACACAAAAAGGAAUUUGCAAAGGAAGUUAAAAAGAUUGGUGCAAUAAGGCAUCCUAAUGUUGUUCCAUUACGAGCUUAUUAUUGGGGUCCAAGAGAACAAGAACGACUUGUUUUGGCAGACUAUGUUGACGGAGAUAGUGUGGCUCUACAUCUGUAUGAGUCAACACCUCGGAGGCACUCGUUGUUAUCAUUGAAUCAAAGGUUUAAAGUUGCUGUUGAUGUUGCUCGAAGUCUUGUAUAUCUACAUGAAAAAGGGAUGCCUCAUGGAAACUUAAAGCCAACAAAUGUAGUACUCUCAGGCUCAAAUUAUGAUGCCCGUCUUACAGAUUAUGGCCUCCACCGACUUAUGACACCAGCUGGCAUUGCGGAGCAAAUAUUGACACUUGGAGCUCUUGGAUACCGUGCACCCGAACUAGCAACCUCAAGUAAACCAGUCCCCACAUUUAAGGCUGACGUAUAUGCAUAUGGAGUAAUGUUGAUGGAAUUGUUGACUAGAAGAAGUGCUGGUGACAUAAUCUCAGGUCAAUCUGGUGCAGUCGAUCUUACAGAUUGGGUCCGAUUGUGUGAUCAAGAAGGGCGAGGUAUGGACUGUAUAGAUAGAGAUAUUGCAGGCGGUGAAGAACACUCGCAAGCCAUGGAUGAAUUGCUCUCAAUAUCAAUACGGUGCAUACUUCCUGUAAAUGAAAGGCCUAACAUGAGACAAGUGUAUGAAGAUAUCUGUUCCAUAUCUGUUUAAAGUUUGUAGUUCCUUCCCCCACCCUUCCUUCAUGACUUCAUUGCUGAUUGCCAUUAUUUCAUAUUUCUCCUUUUUCAUUCACAUUUUCCCCUUCAAUUUUUGUGUAAAGGGACGAAUGUCCAUUAAUUGAUUGAUACUGUAGUAUCCCCGAUUUGAUCUUUUAGUGAAAAGAGCUUGCCAUUCUUUUGUUCUCAAA